AUGCACUGAGGAUGAGACUGUCGAAAGUGUCGCCCAAGAAAUGUUUUUUCCUUGUUUUAUGUUUCGCCGUUCUGAUAUUAUUGGUGUUCAAUUUAAGAGAUAAAGAUUGGAGUGGCAAAGCACCGCACGUGCUGUACGCCAGGGACGAGUACCAGCUAGAGGAAAACACUAAUGCGCGAAAUGAGCCUACGGUCAGCACCGAAGCACCGGACACCGGCGAUCGAGGUGUGGGUGACAAGGAAAACGAAAUCGUGGCGGACUACGGCCGUGUCCGGUCCGAGGAACACUCGAAAGACUCGUUCACGGCCAGCGAUCUGCCGUGGUACUUCUCGCAGGGCAUGCGAUACCCGAAAGCGGCGCGGCGCAAUCGCAAAACCAACAAGCGACUCGCCCGGCUGCUGCCGAGCGAAACGUCCCGUGGCGAUCGGAUUAGCAAUCAGCUCAUGUUCGUUCCGCCGAACUACGAGACAAUCAAGCGCAAGGGUAAACUGAAAACGAUCCUCGUCUACAACGGGCUCAGCCCGUGGAACGUGAAGGCCGGUCGGGACGUGUUCCUGAGCUCCAAGUGCCCCAUUUCGACCUGCUCCAUUACGGCCCAGCGCGAGAAGGCGGCAACGGCCGACCUGGUGCUGUACAAGGAUCACUUCAUUCCACCUUCCGUGCCGCGGUCGCCUUACCAGAUCUACAUGAUGUACUUCCUCGAGUGCCCGUACCACACGCAGCAUGUCAAGUACCCGGACGUCUUCAACUGGACCGCCACCUACAGAAAGGACAGUGACGUAGUGGCACCGUACGAAAAGUGGGAAUACUUCGAUCCGCGUAUCCGACAGAUCGAACAGGAUCGAAACUACGCCCUCAACAAGACGCGCAAAGUGGCGUGGUUCGUGUCGAACUGUGGGGCACGCAACGGGCGCCUCCAGUAUGCGCACGAGCUGCAGAAGCAUAUUGCGGUUGACAUUUACGGUGCCUGCGGGACGUUCAAGUGUUCGCGUAGCACGGCCGAGCGGUGCUUCGAGAUACUGGACCGAGACUACAAAUUCUAUCUCGCGUUCGAGAACUCGAACUGCAAGGACUACAUCACGGAGAAGUUCUUCGUCAAUGCCUUAACGCGCAACGUGCUGCCAAUCGUGAUGGGCGCCCGCCCGGAGGACUACGAGGCCAGCUCACCCCAGAAGUCGUACAUCCACGUGGAUGAGUUCGCUUCACCGAAGGAGUUGGCCGAGUACCUACACCUGGUCGAUCGCAACGACGAGCUGUACAACUCCUACUUCAAAUGGAAGGGUACGGGCGAGUUCAUCAACACGUACUACUGGUGCCGGGUGUGCGCAAUGCUCCACGACGAAGCGUCGUUUCGGAAGCCAAAGUGGUACGACGACAUCAACGAUUGGUGGCGCGGACCGGGCGUCUGUACCAAUGGCUCCUGGCGCAACUAUCGGGCUCGCAAUCCUCCGGAUAAGUCACCCUCCUCCGACGCCCGGCGAUAA